GACUAAGUUUGACAGCAAAAAAUCUCAGUAUAUUAGAUAAUUCGUUGAAUAGCAACUCCUUUCACAGUGACCGGAGGUCCAGAUUGGCACCCGGCGCUGAUCUUUUCUGCCGCAUUUUCAGUCGAUCUGUUAUACUGCUUGGGAUUUUCCUGCCAGUUUUUGAAGUAGAAGAGGCAUUUAUUUCUAUCAAUCAAAUUUUCGGGGUUUGUGGGUGUGGCUUGUACAAAGUAAUGAUCUGCCUCCGAGGUAACCUUUGGAUUCUGUAAAUUUUUAGUUUGUGGAUUUAGUUUUAGGGAAAAAUAAGGAUGGACUCGGCAAGAUUAGAUAGCACCGCUCCUCAUGCUUCAAGAAGAGAUCCAUAUGAAGUACUCGGAGUAUCCAGGGAUGCAUCUGAUCAAGAAAUAAAGACUGCUUACCGGAAGCUUGCUCUCAAAUAUCAUCCUGACAAAAAUGCAAGUAAUCCUGAAGCAUCAGAAUUGUUUAAAGAGGUUGCAUAUUCUUACAGCAUCCUUUCUGAUACAGAGAAAAGAAGGCAGUAUGAUACAGCAGGAUUUGAGGCUUUGGAAUCUGAGGGCAUGGACAUGGAAGUUGAUCUGUCAAAUCUGGGUACUGUAAAUACUAUGUUUGCCGCAUUGUUUAGCAAGCUUGGUGUGCCUAUUAAAACAACAAUUUCUGCUAAUGUUCUUGAGGAUGCUCUCAAUGGAAUAGUGACUAUUAGGCCUUUGCCACUUGGAAGGCCUACCAGUGAUAAGGUAGAAAAGCAAGGGGCUCAUUUCUUUGGGGUAACUAUCACACAAGAACAAGCUGAAGCUGGGAUAGUUGUUAGAGUCACUUCACCUGCACAAAGCAAAUUUAAGCUUCUUUAUUUCGAGCAGGAGGCAAAUAGUGGUUAUGGGCUAGCCAUACAGGAAGAUAGUGAAAAGACUGGUAAAAUUACUUCAGCCGGAAUGUAUUUCUUACAUUUUCAAGUCUAUCGUCUUGAUUCAUCAAUCAAUGCGUUGGCUAUGGCUAAGGAUCCUGAUGCUGCAUUUUUCAAAAAAUUAGAAGGCCUUCAACCAUGUGAAGUCUCUGAACUUAAAGCAGGCACUCACAUAUUUGCAGUAUAUGGUGACAAUUUUUUUAAGAGCGCGAGCUAUACCAUUGAGGCUAUUUGUGCAAAGUCUUUUGAAGAUUCAACAGAGAAGCUUAAGGAGGUAGAGGCUCAAAUACUAACCAAGCGAAAUGAACUUCGCCAAUUUGAGACAGAAUACAGAAAGGCUUUGGCUCGCUUCCAAGAAGUUACAAAUAGAUAUAAUCAAGAGAAACAAGCUGUGGACGAACUGCUGAAACAACGAGACAACAUUCAAUCUUCUUUUACUGCAAGUGCUGUGUCAAAGGGUACAAGCAGUAGCAGCAAUGCAAGCAAGCCAGCAGGUGAAGAUUCUAAGAUGGGAAGUCCAAAAGAAGAUAGCCUAUCAGACGGAAAGGAUAAAUCAAAUAAAAAGAAGUGGUUUAAUCUAAAUUUCAAAGCAGAGAAGAAGGCUUGAUAAACAUAACUUGAGAACGAAUGGAUUUCUAUUAAAAUCUCCAAAGAGUUAUUCCAUGGAGGCUCUUUUCAUUGCAGUUUUGCAAUGCAUAAUAUCACAAGAUAAAUCAUAUGGAGGCGAGCCUUUUCUUUUGAGAAGUUUUAUCCCCUCCUAUUUAAUUAUUUCCCAGCGGAGAAUCAGUUUAACAGUGCUGCAUUUAUCCCUGUUAUGUACGUUAUUGUAGUUUGUUCAAUCUGAGUAUUUCUUUCCUCAGGUUGGCUCAACAGGAGAGCUUUGUAAUUUUCCUCUUGAUUUUGGUUAAACUUUCAUCAUUUGAGUUUGAUGUAAAUCAGCAAGGCCACAUUUUAUACUUUCUGGUAUGGCUCAGUGCUUUGUUCUCAAGGCGCAUGGGCCAUUUCAGCCAUGUACCAUUUAUUGUUUUUGACCAAUUGCAUUCUAUUUAAUAAAGCCCUUUAUAGGGACCCUGUUUGGUUGUUU